AAAUUAUAUAAAUUUUGGUCACAUGACCUCAAUAGAGGUCACAGAGAUCCAACAUGGCGGCGUUGGGAUUCCUGCGUCCUGGUGUCUUUGGAAACCUAGCAGUUCUUCAAAGACACGUGCCCACAGGGUGCCAGGCCAUCAGGACUGUACACGACAGCAAGUCUGAUCAGGCUCAAAGCAGAAUACGCCUGGUGCCGGCAGAGGACACCAACGCGGUCACCCCGGCUCCCAAACCCAGUGAUGCGGAGUUCGUGGUGGCCAGGCUGGACGAUCUGGUCAACUGGGCUCGCAGGAGCUCCCUGUGGCCUAUGACCUUUGGGCUGGCGUGCUGCGCUGUUGAGAUGAUGCACAUGGCGGCUCCGCGGUACGACAUGGACAGAUUCGGCGUGGUGUUCCGCGCCAGUCCCCGCCAGGCAGACGUCAUGAUCGUGGCAGGCACACUCACAAACAAGAUGGCGCCUGCUCUACGCAAGGUGUAUGACCAGAUGCCUGAGCCCCGCUAUGUUGUGUCUAUGGGGAGCUGUGCUAACGGAGGCGGCUACUACCACUACUCCUACUCUGUGGUGCGGGGAUGUGACAGGAUCGUGCCUGUGGACAUCUAUGUACCUGGUUGCCCCCCUACAGCUGAGGCAUUACUGUACGGCAUCCUGCAACUCCAGAAGAAAAUCAAGAGAACGAAGACCCUCACAAAGUGGUUCCGCAAAUAGAGUAAAAAACAACAAGGAACAUCA